AUGCCGACGGUCGGAGGCUUGGCCGCCGACCAGAAGAAGUGGUGGCCGUGUUAAUGAAAGAGACGGCCACUUAGGGUCAACGAGCUCGAGGCAUAUGUUGUUAUGGGCCGAUGCGUUCCGAAUUUCGGGAAGAGCCCCAAAUUGAACAACGAAAAGCCGCGCUCAUCAACACUUUGGCCAAUUCGCUUGGCGUCUGAUGCCAAGGAUGAUCAACUUGGGACCACUUGGCUCAUGUAA